AACAACCAAAUAUACCAAUAAUUAAAACGAUACCUGAAAAUGUUUGGGACCUAAACACAGACGUUGACAUUAUUUUAUUCAUCGACAUGGACAUCAUGUACAUGGAAGAUUGGGAAGACGAAGUGGUGGAACGUGUUAACGACCGUUAUCCUUUCAAAAAUAGGUUGUUGGAGGACAUACAGAUCAUGCCCAUGAGCUCGGGUACCGUACAGAUAUAUCGGCAAAACGGCGUGUCGAUAUUCUGCGUAUUCUUCAGCAACCGCAUGACCACCCUCAGCGACUGGAUGGAAGACGCUUUGAUAGACAUCAAAAGACUGUUGGCGGGUCACAUACAGUUGGCCAUCCAACAGGACCUGUCCCUCUCGGAGUUUCAAUCGAAUGUCUACAGUAAUUUGUUUUUUUUUUUCCAAUCGGUGUUCACGUACGACACGGUUGUGAUAUGGUUUUGCGGCAGCGGCGAUGUGUAGGGAAGGGGGGAAUUAAUUAUACAGCAGCACUUUUUGUGAUUUUCAAUUAAUGUAGGUACAUUUAACAGUUUUAGAUUCCAAUAUUUUAAUCAUAUUUUUUAUUUAUUAUUUUAUAUAAUUUAUAAUUUUUUUUAUGUUUUUGCCUGAUCAAGUGCGUUUUACGUUUGUUUACAUGAAUAAUAAUAUAUUGACAAGCCUAUAUUAUAUUAAGAUAUUAUAAUAUCUAUAGUUGCCAUUUUGAAGAUUAUUUACCCGCAAAAAUAUGUUCCAAUCUAAAAUCUCGCUGUAUGAA